GGCGUCUGGCAGCGACCGCGCAGCAUCCACCACACCAACCUCUGGGAGGAUCCAGUGAGGAGAGGAAACAGGCCCGCCAUUUUCCUACGAGCCUCCAGUCCUUUUAAAACCUAGCGAGGGGGAGGCGAGGCCGGAGAGGAGAGCCAGAGCGACGGAGGAGAGAAGGAAAAGGGGGAAGUGAGAGAGAGAGAGUGAGUGUGUGAGGGGGAGAGAGAGAGAGCGCGCGCGAGAGAGAGAGAGCAGUGCACGAGCGAGGAGAGGACUGUCUUUAACAGAAGAGCAGCCGUUGGUACUCAGGUGGUGGAAUCGUGGACACCAGCGUUAACAUUGGAUAUAACGUUAACAGAAAACAGUUGGCGUUUCGCGUUUUCGCUCCCGUUACCAAACCGAGAAGAUGUCUGGACAAAGCAUAACGGACAGGAUAACCGCAGCGCAGCACAGUGUGACCGGCUCUGCGGUGUCCAAGACGGUGUGCAAGGCGACCACUCAUGAGAUUAUGGGGCCAAAAAAGAAACACUUGGAUUAUCUGAUCCAGUGCACAAAUGAGAUGAAUGUGAACAUCCCUCAGCUGGCAGACACACUAUUCGAGCGCACCACCAACACUAGCUGGGUGGUAGUGUUCAAAUCCCUCAUCACCACACACCACCUCAUGGUCUAUGGCAAUGAGCGAUUUAUUCAGUAUUUGGCUUCCAGGAACACAUUAUUCAACCUCAGUAAUUUUUUGGACAAAAGUGGCUUACAAGGCUACGAUAUGUCCACUUUUAUCCGAAGAUAUAGCCGCUAUCUGAAUGAGAAAGCUGUGUCUUACAGACAGGUGGCUUUUGAUUUCACUAAAGUGAAAAGAGGGGCAGAUGGUGUGAUGAGAACCAUGAACACAGAGAAGCUGCUGAAAACCCUCCCCAUUGUCCAGAAUCAGAUGGACUCUCUUCUCGACUUUAAUGUAAAUGCCAAUGAACUUACGAACGGGGUCAUCAAUGCCGCCUUCAUGCUCUUGUUUAAAGAUGCCAUCCGGCUGUUUGCUGCCUACAACGAAGGGAUCAUCAACCUUCUCGAGAAGUACUUUGACAUGAAGAAGGCUCAAUGUAAAGAGGGGCUGGACAUCUACAAGAAAUUCCUCACUCGAAUGACGAGAAUCUCAGAGUUCCUCAAAGUUGCCGAGCAAGUGGGCAUUGACCGAGGAGACAUUCCAGACUUGUCUCAGGCCCCCAGUAGUCUCCUGGAUGCCUUAGAGCAGCACUUGGCUUCACUAGAGGGGAAAAAGGUGAAGGACUCGACGGCGGCCAGCAGGGCCAGUACGCUAUCCAACGCAGUGUCCUCUCUGGCGAACACAGGCAUAUCUUUCACCAAAGUGGAUGAGAGGGAAAAGCAGGCAGCUCUUGAGGAGGAACAGGCUCGUUUAAAAGCACUUAAGGAGCAGCGCCUGAAGGAACUCUCCAAAAAGCCUUCCACAUCCUCCACCACGGCUGCCUCUCCGGUCUCCACGGCAACCGGCAGCAUCAGCACUGCCCCGGCCAUCGACCUGUUCUCCACACCCAGCUCCACCAGCAGGUUAGGGAGAUGUGAGGAGAGGGAGGGGAAAGAUGGCCAAGAAAUUACUUCAAAGGUGCCGAGUGAUCUUCUUGACUUGCAGCCAGCGUUCCAGCCUUCUCUGCCUCUCCCCACUGCUCUGCCUGUAGCCAACACAUGGGGAGAUCCUUUCACUUCUUCAGAGACUGUCGACGACUCCAUUCCAAACUUAAACCCUUUCCUUACCAAACCUGUCGAUGCUGUUCAUCCACCUCUUGUGUCUUCUGAUGCUGUUAGUUUUCCUUCUAGGACACCCAGUCAUGAAAUGUUUGGUGAUCAUUACAAUCCCUUUCUCGAUUCAAGCUCCUCUGUUGCCUGCACUCUCGAGCCCUCUGCUCGGAUAGAGGGUUUUCUCUCAGACUCGUUCUGUUCUCCGGCCCCCUACUCUAACACCCCACUCUUCCACUCCGAGCCCUCCGCUGUAGCUGGACUAUUCGGAGGGUUUUCAGCGUCUCCCGUCCCCCAGCCCACCAGCUCCUCCGGCCUUAACGUCGACUUCGACUCUGUGUUCGGCAAUAAAUCCACCAUUAACAGCACAGACGCCGCUGAUGAUGUUUUAGGUGGUAUCCUGAAACCCACAGUAGCCUCUCCAAACCAGGGCUUGCCGCCCAGCACUCAGCAGCCUGGCAAACUGGUGUCUGAUGACCUGGACUCCUCUCUGGCCAACCUCGUGGGCAAUCUGGGCAUUGGGAAUGGCACAGCAAAAAAUGACAUCCAUUGGAGUCAGCCUGGUGAGAAGAAGUUGACUGGUGGAACCAACUGGCAACCAAAGACUGCUCCCACCACAACAUGGAACCCUGCCACAAUGAAUGGCAUGCAUUUCCCACAAUACGCGCCGUCCGUCAUGGCUUUCCCUGCCACAACUCCCACAGGCAUGAUGGGAUACUCAAUGCCACCCCAAAUGGCCCCAAUGGCCAUGAUGACGCAGCCCACCAUGAUGUACACACAGCCUGUGAUGAGGCCAGCGAACCCCUUCGGCCCAGUCUCAGGAGCACAGAUGCAGUUCAUGUGAAGGCGCAGCGGGUGUGCGCUCCCUGAGGACGAAUCACACAGCAGCCAAUCUCAAACCUUUAAUCUGUCCCCCAGUUCGCUGUUUGACUCCACGCAAAGUGUGUGGCCCCAGUACUCAGACAGGAACCAGGGUGGGGGGGGGUGGGGUUGGGGACAGGGGAGGGGCUAUUUUGGGCUAAAAGGGUGGGAGUGGAUGGUGUGUACGGUGAGAGCCAUCAUGCAGUCUGGCGAGUGUUUUGUAAUUUGUCUAACAGUAACAGCUGCAGUUGUUUCCCCUGUACAGGACUGAAUUCUGACAGAUUAGCAUCUGUAAAGACACACGUUUUGUUUUUGUUUUUUUUUGUUUUUUUUGAUUGGGGGUGGGGUUAUGGAGAAGUCUGCAAAGACAGUGGGAGGGCUUCAAGUUCUAACUGAGGGGGGUAAAAAAUGACCAGGCCUUGGGGGGGUGGGUGAGUUCUUUCUUUCUUUAUCUGAUCAGCAAUCAUGCAUUACAUAAUUUAACCACCACCAUUUAAAUAUGCUGACUUCAGUUUCUACUAUGAUUUUUAUUCAGUUUUUUUUUUAUUAUUGCAGUAGACAUUCCUUGUGUAUUGUUUGUAUUUAUUUAUGAUUUACCCACUGAGGACAUGACAACAGAAAAAAUAAUGACUAUAUGGAGCUCUUUCCUUGUGGGAAGUUUGUAGGAAUAUGCUUUCAUGGGUAUGAUUGUUGAAUUGGAUUUUGAGAGUGACUGAGAUGAUGAUGAUGAUGAUAAUAUAAAAAAAU